AAAUACAAAGCUAAACAAUAAUGGCAGUGUACUUUGAUCAUCGGUUGGAUACUGACCGUUCAGGAAUUAAUGUUGACACCCAGUGGUUUGAUGGCAGUCCAAUCUUGGCAGUUAACACAUACAGUGAUGACACGGGUGGAUCUGUUAAUCUUUUUCUUGAUGAGGGAGAGAAGCUGCUAAAUGUUACACUGACCCGUACGUGUCAAGCCACUUCUAUGGCCUGGCAUCCCACCAAGAAGAUCCUGGCUGUAGGCUGGGACAAUGGAGAGCUGUUAGUCUGGAAUGAACAUGAUCAUGAGUUGCAUGAAUCUCUUCCCUUACACAAGACCAGUAUCACAGUCCUCGGCUGGAGUUCAUCUGGUACAAGGCUCUCCUCAGGAGACAAGUCUGGUGUCUUAAUGGUGUGGAAAGCUGACACCAAAGGUCGACUUCAACAGAAUCCUCUACAUCAGCAUCACAUACAGGAGCCACUGAAGAUAAUGUUGUAUAGACCUGUACCCCCUCCAGACCCCAACAAUGAUAUUGCCCAGCUUGCUAGAGCUGCUGUCAGUGGUGAUGAGAGUGCUUUGGAUAUGUUCAACUGGAAAAGAGGCAAAAACAAUGCAAGAGGAGGGGCAUCAUUUGGAACUCAGGAGGCUCUGACAUUUUUUGUUGGUGGAGCCACUGGUGGCGUGUACUAUGUAAAUGAUGCUGGCCAGUGCUCGCAGAUCUUUAAUGCUGAUGGACCCGUGAUGACCUUAUUGCACUAUGAUGAAAAGAAUCUCUUGAUCACAGUCACAGAAAACAUGUUGCUGACUCAGCACUUCAUCACUCCAGAGGGGGAGGCUAGGGAGGUCAUGAAGGUUAAAAUGAGUGGAAGAGGAGAGCAGCCUACUAUAGUAUGGGCAGGAUCAGGAAUCCUGGCCACAGCUCUUGGAGAAGGAGUAGUUAGGAUGUGGGACCUAGAACAUGAGGACAACUAUAUCCUCACACUGGAAGGUCACAGUAGCUAUGAUCAUAAUGAGAGUAUCACAUGUAUUUCGUAUUGUCCUGAAAAAGGAACUCUGGCAGGGGGGACAAACAUGGGAAAUGUGGCUCUGUGGAAAUACUCUCCUCCACUGGGAGGGAAGGUAGUAGACGGAGAACUGAAAUGGAAACUUCAAGCUCCAGCUACAGUGGAGGGACCCAUCAAACAAAUCAGGUGGGGAUCAAACAAGCACCUUCUCGCUGUCAAUACUAUUGCCAAUGUGUUCAUGCUUAAUGAGCAAGUGAUGAGUGCAGGGUUUAAGGAACAGACUGCAGUGGUUCAAUAUGGACCAAGUUCCUUAUCCAUAGAAAUGUUUUCCAACAUGGCUCAUCAUGACCUCAAGACAGAUAUCCAAGUGAAGGGCAUUUUCACAACCAAAGAUGCAUUAGCAGUAUGGAACGGUCGUAGAGUGAUAACUUAUGAGUAUUCUACAGACAAGUCUUCUAUCAAAGCUGCUGGUACAUUCACCACAGAAACCAUGAAUGUGUGUCUAUAUGAACAGAAUGUCUACUGUAUUGAAGCGAUGAAAGUCCAAGUCAGAACACAUCAGGGUACAGUCAAACAGACUAUAAACUUCUCAGAACUUGAGGGGCAGCCAGUCAGUAUAGAUGUUUGUGGAACAUACCUGGUUAUUGGAACCAACAUAGGAUUAGUACGGGUGUAUGAUUUAUCCCGAAGAGAGGCCAAGCCCCAUAGUCAGCCCAGAAAUCUAGGGGAGAUUAUUCCUGGAUUUGGAUCCAUCAUCUCCUGUAAAUGUAACUGUAGUGGAACCCGAGUCAGUGUGUUGAUCAAAUCAACACAUGGCCACAUUGAUCCAAAGAUGUAUUUCUGGGACACAGAAGUGGACCAGGUCUCUUAUUUUAACUUUGAGUCGGGUCGGGGUGAACAGGACGAUUUCCCUCCCGAACAGAUUGAGGGUGUAGAGGGGGACACAAAUGAUGCUGAGAGAGGUAAAACUCAGGCUGCCAAAGACAUUGCUGGCCGUUACCCAAUGACACACUACUGGGAUGCCCAUGACCCCAAAUUAAUUGUCUGUGAGGCUAGAAUUCUGAUUGAUGCAUUCAACAAGAAGGAGAAAGAGGAAAAGAAGAUUGUUUCCCUAUCUAAAACUAUGGAUGAUGGACCUGUAGAGGUGAUGAUUGUAUCAUUAUUCAGUACACCGGAGAAUGGGAUCCUUAUUCAGGACAGUUUUCCUCUGCCCGAUCAGUUCCAGACACUACUAGGAAUUGAAGUCCCCUAUCACUACUUUGUUAAAAAGUCAGAAAACACUGGUGAUGAGGAUGAUGGACAAGGGGAUGGUCCAAGACCAGAAUCUUCAUCCCCCAGAAUGGUGGCUCGCAGGACCAUGAGGGACUUUGUGGGACUCGAGAACAGUGACAAAAAUACUAAAGAUGCCAUGCUUAACUUCAGUUACUACCUUACCAUAGGCAACAUGGAUGAAGCUUUCAAGUCUAUCAAGCUCAUUAAAAGUGAGUCUGUAUGGGAAAAUAUGGCUAAGAUGUGUGUCAAGAGUCGACGGCUGGAUGUGGCCAGUGUUUGUCUGGGUAACAUGGGCCAUGCCCGAGGAGCCCGGGCCCUGAGGGAAGCCAUGAAGGAGCCGGAACUUGACGCCAAGGUGGCUGUGUUAGCCAUGCAGUUAGGACUGAAGGAAGAUGCUGAGAGAUUACUGAAAAACUGUAAGAGGUAUGACUUGCUGAAUGAAUUCUACCAGUCUGUUGGAGAGUGGAAAAAAGCUUUGGAAACUGCAGAAAUGUAUGAUCGUAUUCACCUCAGGACCACAUACUAUAACUUUGCCAAGCAUUUAGAAAUGAAGGGAGACUACUCAGAGGCUAUUCCAAAUUACGAGAAAUCAGACACACACAGAUUCGAGGUCCCUAGAAUGUUAUUUGAUGAGCCAGAAGCUCUGGAACAUUACAUCAGUAUGCACAAAGACAAGGCAUUACACAAGUGGUGGGCUCAGUACAUGGAGAGCACUGGAGAUAUGGAGACUGCUCUACAAUAUUAUGAGAAUGCCCAGGAUUAUCUCUCCUUGGUCAGAGUCUACUGUUACUGUGGCCAGAUGGACAAGGCUGCUGAGAUUUGUAACAACACAGGUGAUCGGGCAGCCUGCUAUCACUUAGGACGUCAGUAUGAAAACCAGGAUCAGAUAAAGGAAGCUAUUCACUUCUUCACUAGGGCUCAGGCUUACUUCAAUGCCAUCAGGCUCUGUAAAGAACAUGGCAUGGAAGAUCAGUUGAUGAAUCUAGCUCUAAUGGGUCGACCAGAGGACAUGAUUGAGGCAGCUCGUUAUUAUGAACAGAAGCCAGGAGCUCAGGACAAAGCUGUUAUGUUGUAUCACAAAGCGGGUAACUUUUCCAAAGCUUUGGAUCUGUCCUUCAGAGCUCGGCAAUUUGGAGCACUGCAGCUUAUUUCAGGUGAACUUGACGAGCGAGCUGAUCCUGAGCUUCUGAAGCGAUGUGGAGAUUUCUUCAUGGAGAACGGCCAAUAUGACAAGGCAGUAGAUCUGUUGGCAAUUGGCAAAAAGUAUUGGGAGGCAUUGAAGAUCUGUAUGGACCAGACUGUGGAGAUUAAUGAAGACUUGGCUGAAAAACUGACACCCAGUAAGGACGAUCCUGGAAUCGACACGAUGGAGAGGGUGAAAAUCCUGGAGGCCAUCGCAGAGGUGUGCAUGCAUCAAGGAGAGUACCAUCUGGCCACAAAGAAAUUCACACAGGCUGGAAAUAAAAUCAAGGCAAUGAAAGCACUGCUGAAGUCUGGUGACACAGAGAAGAUCUGUUUUUUUGCCAAUGUGUCCAGACAAAAGGAGAUUUAUAUAAUGGCGGCUAACUAUCUACAGUCGUUAGACUGGCGUAAAGACCCAGAAAUAAUGAAAAACAUCAUAGGAUUCUAUACCAAAGGGAGAGCACUGGACUCUUUAGCUGGCUUCUAUGAUGCUUGUGCACAGGUGGAGAUAGAUGAGUACCAGGACUAUGACAAGGCAUUAAGAGCCCUGGGAGAGGCUUAUAAAUGUCUCACUAAAGCUAAAAUGAAUGAUGAAAUGCUACUAGAGGAAAGACUAGCUCAACUGAAAAAUAAGAUUGCUCUGAUAAAGAAGUUUGUCACUGCCAGAAGGGCAUUUGAAGAGAAUCCUGAAGAAGGAAUAAAACAAUGUCAGAUUCUGUUAGAGGAACCAGAUUUAGAGUCGGGUGUGAGGAUCGGGGAUGUUUAUGGGAUUAUGAUUGAGUACUACGCUCGUAGAGACAGGUGGAAGGCUGCACAUGCUGCAAUAGAAGAAAUGAAGAGUAGAAUUCCCAAUGUAAACAUAGGUUAUUAUGUCAAUAUGAGGACUGUAGAAGCAGUGUAUCGUGCUUUGGACAUUCCAAUGGGGGAUUUAAGUAGAGGCAAGAUGAAUGGAGUGAUGGAUGAAGAAGAUGGAGAGAUAGUAGAAGAGGAGGUUGACAACAUAUAUGGACAUGAUGAAGUUUGAUCUCCUAGGACUAAAAUCUGGAUCUGAGAUGUUUCCAUUCCAUCUGAUGUCUGUGAUACUCCUCUUGUGUUGUGAUACAACUGUGUUUAUUGUUGCCAUGGCAAUUCACCUCAUAGCUAGCUUUACAAACACCACCCUUCCAUUUUCUUCAAGAUCUGAUUUUCCACUCAAUAUGUUUUUGAAAGAUCUUUAUACAUUCAAUUAGUAAUGAUUUUUCUUUUUGAAUAUUAUUUUUGACAGAUAUGUGUAAAAUUGUUUGUGCUAUUUUUUUCAGCAAGUCCCAAAGUCUAUUUUAUUUAUAUUAAUAUGUAUAUGAUAAGUGACAUUUUAUUUUUGAUAUUUACAUAGUAUGACAUUGUCUUCGUGCAGUGUACCAUAUUUAGUCAAAAACAGUGGCACUGAUUUCCUAUUUGUAGAAUUAGCAUUCUGUAAGGUGAGGAAUCCUACAAAAUAUGUUAAUCCUGAUGUACAUUUAUGUCAGUAAUCUUAUUUUGAUCUAUCACACUGCCAAGUGAAAUCUAAACCCUUCUGUUUAAAUAUUUGGGGGGAAAAAAAGAUUUUUUGAGGAUUUCUGAAUGCUGUGAUGAUUUGAAAAAUCAGGAAAUUAAAUUGCAUAUGAGGCAUUUUUUAAAUAUUUACUGGGUUGAUCUGUAAAGAAUUACUUGUUCUUGGUUUUUUUUUUUCCAAACUUUUACUGUCAUUUCAGAAGCAUACACCGUCAUAUAAUCAUGUCACUAAAGGAGGUGAUGUAUGCCAGUUUUUCUUUUGUUUUCCUGUUUGGGAUUAGCAUUCUUUAUCAAUUCGCAUUCCUGGUUGUGUAUUCAUAAUUUGGGUGGUUUUAUCUCUUUAAUAGUUAUGUCAAACAGGGACUUCCCCUCAGCCUAUUAAGUUUUAUAGCUCAUUUGAGCUUAUUAGCACAUAAAGCCAUUUUUUCCUGCUUUUUAUUUCAGCUGAUUAGAGUUUUGAUACCAGACAUGCCCUACAACAUUUGAGGUGUUAAGAAAGGCUGCUUUUGUUUUUAGUGACAAGUCAGGGCUUAAUAUCCAUUGCAUCCAUGUCCAGUAAAAGGACCCAGUCCCAGUUGAAAAUUCAUUCUUUUCUCCCCUCAAAAUUCAGGUAAAAAUUCCCAAAUGAUAAGCAAGUUGAAAUUUUCAGUGCUUUUAUAUUUAAAAAAAAAGCCAAAACUUGAAUUUUGUGAUUUUAAUGAUUCAUAAUGAUGUAAAUAGGGAGUAAGCCUACAAUCUAACUCCUGAAUCUACAGUAAAACGUAAGUUGUAAAAACUUCCAGAUUUUGCCUCUUGUUCGAUUUAAAAUUCCAAAUGAAAUGGUACAGCAACCUGUACCAAAAAGGGUCAGUUAAGCCUUGUGAGUAACUCAUUUGCAUGAUUUAAAGAUUUCCAUUCAUAUUUUUGGAAGUGUUCACCGUUUUAUGUUGUACAGAUGAGUAUUUUUUAUGAUUUUUUUUUUUUUGUUGGUAGUAGCUAGGUUGUUAAUUGUCUAUUUAUUGACCUUGUCAGCAUCUUUGUUAGUGUUGUGAUAAUUUAUAUAUGAAUCAAUGUCUGACAGUCUCUAUAAAUGGUGUGUUAGUGGGAGUGCAAGUCUCCAAUGUGGAUCUAGUGCUGAUCACGUGACCUAUGACAUCAGGUCACGUGGUCAAGUGUAAGACUGUAUUAUGUCCUGUGACAGUCAUGUAAGACUGUACGUUGUAAUUGAGUAAUAUUUUAAUAGUUCUUGUAUCAAUCUGGUGCCGUCCAUUUUUCUUACUGAUUUAUUUUGGGAAAAGUAUCAUUUAAACAUGCAGUAAUAAAUACUGGGAAUGAAACCA